UUUGUCUUUGCUACGAUUUUCAAAUUAUAAAUUAUUUGGAAGCAUACGCCCGAGAAUACACCUUCAUUCCUUCCUAAAUUAUUUGAAAGUAAUCAAAUUAUAAAUUAUUUUGAAGUAUUCUGAAAAUUAUCCAUGUUAAUUAGUUAGAUGUCUUUUUUCUCCCUUUCUCUUUUACCUGCAUCCAUCUGUGAUCUUGUAAAUAUUGUACUGCCUACUGGGAUCAGGAACAGGGCUAAUAAAAUGACGGCCUUCUGCAGAAUUGUGUUUGGAAUUGACUACAGCACCUCAGUUGAAAAUAGAACAUAUUUUCUUCAGGACAUUACAAAGAAGUUAUGUAUUUAAAACUUCCAUUUGUUAACUUACGACCUAUGGAAAGAUGUAUUCUUAUCUGAGAAUAUGUGGCGGACAAGUUCAGAACACAUUAAUUCCAGAUCAAUUGCCAAACUUUUAAUAUUAGGCGAAUAAACUCAUGGUCUAGAUUGAGUUCACGUUAGGUGUUUUGGAAAUUCAUGGACGGAUUUUUUUGAAAAGUAGUCAACUUGUUGUUUUUCUCCAAAGAUGAGUGGAGAUUUUACGAAGAGUACCAGACGGGAAUUAAUGGAUUAACAAUAAUCGAAACAGCUGCAGAAUUUCUAUUUGGAAGCAGCUGCCUGCCAUUAUACCUGCUUUUACACAACUGAACUGAAAACAAGCACAAUAGACAUAAGAAAGAUUUCAAGUAUUAUCUGCUGAUGGGUGAUAGAGGAUGAUGUCAGGAAGGAAAAAGAUGAAAAUAGAUGAAUAAAGCAGCGUUCAUAGGAGGCCAACGAUUGCACGGAAUAGAAGGCCACACCUAUCUUAGGAAGGUUACGGGACCGAGGAAGAGCACCGAAGUCUUUCUCAUCUCCUCGAAUCACAAGGUGUUGAAUUCAAAACAUUUAUGAUGAAAUGUGAUAGACCAUUAAAGGUCGUGAUUCGAGGACUUUCAUUCUGCACUCCUUUUGAGGACAUCAAAGAGGAAUUUAAAAAGGAAGACUUUACAUUUGUCAGUCUUACUCAACUGACGAAAUUCCAAAUUAAAUCACCAAUGCCAUUAUUUCAUGCACUAAUUGCAAACAGCCCUCUGUCAGAAACAAUCGGUACUCUCACUGAGAUGUUUGGCACUAAUAUUUCAGUGGAGAGAUAUAGAGGUAGGAAGAGGUUCUUUCAAUAUUGGCGGUGUCAAGGCUUCUUUCACAGCUCUGAAGCAUGUAAGCUUCCUGUGAAAUGCGUAAAAUGUAAAGGACCUCAUAGGGCUAAAGAUUGUUCUUUUGCCUUUAAGGAUAAGUUAAAAUGUGCGAACUGCUCAGGUGAUCAUGCGGGGAACUGGCGUCAAUGCCCCACACUUCCCUAAAACUAGUGGACGACAACCGGCCACCCAUAAUUUUCUAAACUCCAGACAAGCCACCAGAUCGAUAUGGGAUCUCCCAGGAAGCAUCAACCUCUGAAAAAUUACAGAAAUGUUGAGAAAAUGUCUUAAGGCCAAAAUUCUGAGUCAGAUACCCCCCCCCCCCCUAAUGUACCGUUGGAGUAGAAAACUGCAGCAUACUUGGACAAAAAAAGUAUUUAAGAAUGGUUAUCACAAAAGAAUAUUUCAAUAUAGUAAGAAUAUUCAGUAAACAGUAGGUUUGUCUGCAAUAAAAGGUAAAGAAAGAAGACUUACUAUUACGCAUAUCGGAAGCGAAGAAGGUUUCGUCCGUGAUGCAGCAGAUAUUUAAUGGGGGGAAAAAGUUGUGAUUAUCAUGACGGAAUGAAUGGUGAUCAUUUCGGAAAAUGGUUAGAAAAUGUUCUUCCUAAUUCGAAGAAAAAUAGCAUACUCGUAAUAGACAAUGCUUCCUAUCAUUUGGUAAAAAUGGAAAAAAUUCCUACAACUUCUUGGACAAAAAAAAAUCUAUUCUCAAGAAUGGUUAUCACAAAAGAAUAUUUCCUGGAAUAAAAACAUGAUAAAAAUCGAACUUUUGCAAAAAGUUUCUGAAGUGAAACAUUUUUAUGACAAAUAUCGAGUAGAAGCAGUUGCAGUGAAAUAUGGACAUAGAAUUUUGAAAUUGCCACAGCGAGCUAUUUAGAUGAUUUGGAGCCAGAUUAAAAAACGCGGAAAUAAAACUUUUACGCUUAGUAAUGGGAAGGAUCUCGUAAUCCAAGGAAUACAAAAAGUUACAAUUGACAAUUGGAAAAAUUGCAUUAACCAUGUAAUAACAAAAGAGAAAGAAACGAGGAAAAUUGAUGGACUUGUAGAUGAAAUAUGCGAAAAUCAGAAUUUAAUAAUUUCGAUUAGCAGUGAUUCGAGUGUCAAUGAGUCGGAACUAACAAAUAGAACACCUUAAAUAGAAAUUUUGGAUUUUUGAUGCAACUACAGAGAUGGUCCCGGUGCUGCCUUACGAUCUACAUAUAAAGGAACUCUUGGUGCUUGUUAAAGCUGGACAGCCCAAAAAACUUUAUUACCAGCAGCUUAAUAUUAGAGUUAGUGAAUUAGAAAAAAAAAAAUGCAAUUCAAGUGUACAUGGGUUAAUAGCAAGUUAGAAGAAGAGAAAGAGCUUAUAUUAUAUCCUAGCAAAAAGGGUCUGGUAGCUGAUCUAUUAGAAGAAGCCAAGAAACAAGUGGAAUUGUCUGAAAAUGGUUCUGGUAAACUUAGGUUAUUAGAAAUUAUUAAUUAUAAAAUCUUUGCUGUUCAGCGAGAAGAUAUGCCUUUAGAUUCACUUGCUAAUGCUGGUACAAAGUCCUUCAGGAUUGAAGAAAUACCUAUUGAUGAGUUGGAAAUUGCAGAUGAUGAAUUGCUAAUACCUGUUGCUCAUUUCCAAAAGGAAAUCUUUUCUAAUUUUGGUGUGCCAUUUCUUUUGAAAAUUAAGCAUAAAGAGCCAUUCCAAAAAGUCAAAGAGAGGAUACAAAAGAAGUUGGAAGUUCCCGAUAAAGAAUUUGAGCGGUAUAAAUUUGCACUCAUUGUGAUGGGUAGACCACAGCCUAUUACUGAUGAAAUGGACUAUCAUAUUAAUUUACCGGAUUUUCUACCACAUCCACAAACUGGUAAGUAUGGCAUCAGCUUUCUACAGCCUUGUAGCUCCUCUGCAGCUGCGAACCUUUUCUGCUGGGCAAAUGUGCAUUCAGUCUUUUGUCAAUGUACAAACAUUUAUGCGUUCUCUCCUGUGUUGAGUAGAAAGAAAAAAUGGGGGAAUAACAACCAUUUGGAUAUACAAUCGCCAGCAAUUUUCGUUGUUGGAUGUUUCUGUGGCCUUUGUACUCUCUCAGAUAGAAAUGUCCUUGGACUUUCCUAUGCACUGCACUUUUUACGUUUUGUUGUUUUUCUCCCUCCCUGUUUUUUUAUUUUUUAAUUUAUAUUUCUCAAAGGAUCUGGAAUUCCUGUGGAAAGUCAGCAUGGAAGGUUGCCAGAAGCUCGAGAAAACUUUUUUUGCUGCAUGUAUUGACUUUGAAGGAAUUAUGAGUGAAAAAAAAAAUAGCUCAAAUUAUGUGCAAUUGUAGAUUUCUUAUUGCAAGAAGAAGGAAAUAAUAUUUACAUUCUAGGUUUGUGCACACACAAAGUAGUCUGUUUACUUUGGUGAGUGUUAACUUGAGUCUCAGUUUGUAGUUGUUCAUUUUCUUGAACAGUUACAGCUUAAAGCAAUAUUCCCUUUGAUUAGAGUAUGCCAUGUUUGAAUUGAGUGAUCAUGUGAUGACACUUUCAUUUGUUUGCCUUGUCUAUAAGUAAGAUGUAUAAAAUUCAAAAGUAUUAAUAAAAUGAAAAUGUUGCCAUCUUUCUUUAAAAAAAAUGAAUUUGUUUAAAUGACUGACAAAAAUGAAAGAUUUCUUUUAUAGUCUUGCUUUUUACAAAUAUGUGUGUUUUAAUUUAUUGUAGUAUUACUCACUUGUUCCAGCUAAUCUAGGGGUUUGAGACUUCAUCUAUGUUCUUUAUUUUAAUCAUAUCUAUAAUGCAUAAUGGCCAUAUAUGCAUUUGCGCCAGUAAACACCAUCUAACGAAAUCAAGUUGAUUCGGACUUUUUUGCUCAAAAUUUUCUUUCCCAAAAUACUGAGUUUAGACACGACCUUCGUAAUACAGGGCCUCACAACUCCCAACGCUUUCAGCCCGUGACGUCAUGAGGUUGGAUGAAUUCUGUAGACUAUGAUAGUCUUCUUCACUCAUAGUGAAGAAUGGGGAAUGUGUUAUUGGCUUUUUUGAUAGUUUUCUGAUCUUUCUGCAUAUUAAUUUUAAUUUAUCGUAAUGAAGAUGCCUAGUGCGUGCUGUGUUCCCAAUCGUAAAAGUAAUUACACAAAAAAUAGCUCCAAUGUUUCUGUAUUUUCGUUUCCAAACGAUGAAAACACUAGAAGAGCAUGGAUCUUUGCAAUAAAGCAGACGAUUUCGUACCAACUAAAUAUAGUAAGACUUGUACCUGAUGCCGUACCUUCAAUUUUCCCUAAUUUACCCUCAUACUUUUCCACAGAAUCAAAAGCAAGAAGAGAAACUCCAAUGGAUAGGGCAACACAUAAAAAAAUGGGAAAACUUAAAAGCAGCUUUAAAUAGCAGUCUCUAGGACAUAGUAAAAAGAGAGGAGAUAGAAAAAAUCAACACUUUUUCUGAAUUAAUUUUAAAAUUUAAAAACUUUAAAUCAAAUACAUGAAAUAUAACUCAAAAAUCAAACAAAAUAAUUUUUAUUUGUCUAGGCCCUUCUCAAGCUCCUAAGUUAAGUCAUUCUUUAUUAACUUCUUCCAAAUUAGAAGUAAUUUGUAAGUUUGUAUUUUAAUUUUAUUUAAUAUUAUAAUUAUUAUCA